AUGAUUUAUGAACGACAACUCCAAACUUUAGCAACCUCCGUAUGGUUUUUACUCCUCGUUGGUGCUACCCCAAUUGGUUGGACGCUCUACUUAUUAUUACUAACAACACGUUUUUGGUGGCUAGGAGUACUCUACCUCCUCUGGUGCUACCAUGACCGCAAAACUCCAGAAACCGGAGGACGUUCCAAUCAAUGGUUCCAAAGCUUGAAAUCAUGGUGGUACUACAAAAAUUAUUUCCCUGCUAACCUAAUCACACCAGAAAUAACACUAAACCCACAACAAAACUAUCUCUUCGCUUGCUUCCCUCAUGGAAUCAUACCCACAGGCCUCUUCCACAACAUAUCCAGCUACUACAGCGAAUUUCGACAUUUGUACCCCAAUUUCAAGGUUCAUAUAGCAGUCCUCCGAAUAUUUUUUUACAACCCCUUCUUCAGAGAACUCGCUCUAGCUUUGGGAUUUGUGUCGUGUUCAGCCAAAUCCAUCAGUUACGUCUUACGUAGACCAGGAGGUGGCCAAAUCGUUCUUCUUAGCGCAGGGGGUGCCUCAGAAACUUUCAACGCUGGUCGAAAAGAGUAUAAAUUUUUCGUCAAAAGUCGCAAAGGUUUCGUUAAGGUAGCACUACAAAAUGGUACCUCGCUAGUACCGGUUAUCACAUUCGGGGAAAACGAAAUUUUUAGACAGGUACAUCAUGCGAAAGUACGACGGGUGCAGGAGUUUGUUAAGAAAUGGUUCGGGUUUGCGCCGGCGUUGUUUUAUGGAAGAGGGGUCACUGAGACGACUUUCGGUAUAACACCACUGAGGCGACCGUUGAAGACUGUUUUGGGUACCCCAAUUGAAGUUGAAAAACGAGAAAAUCCGACUGGUGAGGAAAUUGAUUUGGUGCAUGAGAAGUUCGUUGAUGGACUGGUACGACUUUUUGAAAAAUACAAAAACGAGUUUUUGGAAAAUCCACAGGAAGUUUUGUUAUUAGAAUAA